AUGGCCGCGCCUUCGAUUCCCAAUCUCAACAGCCUCAGAGGUCGCACAGGCCUACGACGAGGCAGAGGCCGCGCCACCCCUACACACCCAGAAACCACAGAAGAAGAUGCACAGAAUGCUCGCGACAAGAUCAUUCGGCAGACCGACGGCGACGCUUCCAAUUCCCGACUGAGUGCUGUUGCUUUGGGUUACUUGACCGACGACUACGCUUCUUGUUUUCUGCAAGGCCAAACUCCCAGGCGAUAUCCUCUGAUCAACCGCGGCACCUAUGUACGCACUUCGGCCAUUGAUCGUCUGGUCGACAACUUCCUCGCUGCCACCAUCGACAACAACACCUCGAAUGCGUCUGCUGCUCCCCAGGCCCAGAUCGUUUCUCUGGGUGCAGGCUCCGACACUCGCUUCUUCCGUCUGUCAGCCGCUCGUCGCCAAUCCAUCCUUUACCACGAAUUCGACUUCCUCGACAACGUCCGCGACAAGCUCUCUUCCAUCUCCUCGACUCCAAAACUACUCUCCAUGCUGCCAUCCCACACAAUCUCAACAGACAACUCCUCCCUGCAAUCCCCAACCUACAACCUGCACACCCUCGACCUCCGCGACUUGACCUCUACCUCACCACCCUCGAUACCAAACCUCUCUCCAACCCUGCCCACCCUCCUACUCAGCGAAUGCUGCCUCUGCUACCUCGCCCCAGAAACAACAUCUUCAAUCCUCUCCCACCUCACCUCUCUCAUCCCCUCAGCCUCCCUCGCAAUCAUCCUCUACGAACCCAUCCGCCCUUACGACUCCUUCGGCAAAACAAUGCUCUCCAAUCUCGCUUCACGGGGUAUACAACUGCAAACGGUGCGUCACUAUCACUCUCUCGCUGCCCAGCGCUCUCGUCUGCAAUCUGCUGGGUUUGCAAGCGGCCAGGGCGCUGUGGAUGUCGAGCAGAUUUACUAUUCGGGGGAGUGGGUGGCCGAGGCGGAAAGAGAGAGGGUGGAGAGAUUGGAGUGGUUGGAUGAGGUCGAGGAGUGGAAGUUGUUGGCGUCGCAUUAUUGCGUUGCUUGGGGUUGGAGGGAUGCUGAGGAUAACAAGGUGUUUGGGGAGGCGUGGAAAGAUGUCGGUGGGGAGUGGACGGUUAAGGAAAGGGUUGAUGAUAUUUGA